AUGACACUCGGCAACCCUUUCUACACACCACCGAUUCUCUUCCGAGGCGGCGACGUCUACCACAAAAAGUCGUUUCUAGAAGAAGCCAACGACAUCAUCGAACGACUCGACCCAAUGACUUGGCUCACCGACAACCCCGAGCGUGCUCAGCGCAUCACCCAGCUGGGCACCCAGAUCCAGCAACUCAACAGUGAAGUCGUCGAGAUCGACAAGCGCAUGGUCAAUGCGAAACUCGACAAGGCGCUCGACCUGGUUCUGCAGCAGGCCAAACAGCCCACGGCGGAGGCCUACCUCGCUGAGGUCAAGAAAAACCUCGACAAGUCCCAGCAGGAGGAGUGGGCUAAUGCCAUGGCUAAUUACGAGGGCAAGGAGUGGUGGGUGAAGGCGUGUGCUAUCAUCGGAGGCACUUUGGGCACUGAUUUUUUGCUCAAGUUUGCUGGCUAUCCUGAGCAGGCGACCCUAAAGGAACUCUUCACGUCCAUCGUCCUCAGGUGGGAUGGCGCACCGACAUCACGAGCACUGUCCAUGUUCCUCCGCGACUGGUACCAGAAGUUCAGGGGCGGUCCAGGCCUCAUCCCCGAACGGCCCAUCGGCCCCGGCGAGAUUCACGUCCAAGGCAUGAACCCUCUUCAAGAAAUGAACGCCGCGGCCGCCAACCUCGCCGAGCGCGGAGCCGCUCGUGAGCUUGUUCUCGUCGCUGAGCGAGAAGUCGCAUUUGGCUCCCGAAUUGCCGCUCGUCUUGGCGGCGUUGCCCUCGACAUUCUUGGCGGCGCUGUCGCCUACGUUGCCAUCGAUGCGAUAGUGAACCUCUGCGAGAGAGGCGAGUACAUCAAUAUGGAACACGACGCCUGCGUCAGCCGCCUGACCAUGGCCCGCAUCAACAAGGUCUUCAAGCUCCUCGACCGCUUGUACACCAGCAUCUCUACAGUCAGCGAUCUCCAGGCCGAAGCAAACGCCGAGACGAACCCCGAUAAACGGGCCUGGGGACUCGAGUCCGCCGCCAAGCAGGGCAAGAAGGCGGGCAAUGAGCUCAUCGAGAUGCUCAAAGACGCAACUUACUCCAAGGUUUAUGAUCAGCUUGCGGCUGACGAUGCGCAGUAUAAGCUGUAUACGAAGGAUGAUUUGCCGAAAGAUGAGUUGAUUAAGAAGACGACUGAGGCGUUGACGGGGCAGGUUAAGAAGGAGGCUGAGGCUCAGGGGUUGAAGAAAUAA